UCCACCGUUUUGGCUGGCACCAACCCGACAACGCUUCCUCUUCUGUUCCUUCUGUCUACUCUCUCUCUCUCUCUCUCUCUCUCUAGACCAUCAUAACCAUGGCAGCGACCAAUUCCAUGGCCGGCAAGCCCCACUCUCUCCCCGCCGCCCUCAUCCUCUUCGUCCUCCUCCUCGUCUUCCUCCAUUCCCCGCGGGCCGUGUCAUCCCUUGACGCCUACGAGGCCCUGCAGGAGUUCAACUUCCCGGAGGGCAUCCUCCCCAAGGGCGUCACCGGCUACGAGCUCGACCGGGAAACCGGCAGGUUCCGCGCCUUCCUCAACGGCUCCUGCAGCUUCUCCCUCGAGGGCGGCUACCAGCUCAAGUACAAGUCCACCAUCGGCGGCUACGUCUCCAACAACCGCCUCACGAACCUCAGCGGCGUCAGCGUCAAGGUUCUGUUUUUAUGGUUGAACAUUGUCGAGGUGACCCGGGUCGAUGACGAGAUGGAGUUCUCGGUGGGGAUCGCCUCCGCGAGUUUCCCGAUCGAUAAUUUCUACGAGUGCCCGCAGUGUGGGUGCGGAUUGGAUUGCGUGACCGAGGUCAGAACGAACCCUAGCCCCAGCGUGUCUUCGAUUUAGGGGGCAAUUGGAUUGGUUUUCUCCAUCGUAUCCAGUGAUGUUUGUCUAUAAUUUACUUUUGAAUUUUGAUGAUAGUCAAUAAUAUUAUCUCAUGGUUUACAGUGAUGUAUCGGAUAGUGUAUCAUUCGGAAAUUAUUUUAUUUCGAAUGAUCUUGUGAAUGGUUGAGUACCUGGCCGAUGCCGAUGCGGCUGAUCAA